GGGGAUUAGGAACAACCGAUUGGAACCCAGCUUGUCACAUUUUGACCCAAUCAAGCGCUAGUAAAUAUGAGUGCCAGUUGAAUGGCGGGAGAAAAAGAAAAGAAAACAAGAUAUUUACAAAAGAACCCGUACAGAUUGUUAGUAAGUGGUAACAUAACUAGAAGAAAAUGGCAACUAUAGUGAAUAUAUUUGGGAAGUUGUACACUUUCCUGAGACGACCACAACCAGAACAAAAUGGUGCAGAUGAAAACCAGUUGUUGGGUCAAAAUACUGAUUGUACCACACAGAAAGGUGCUGUUGCUGUUGGUGCUGAAAAAGCAGACGUGUCCCAGCAGUCUGAAAGAAAUGAACAGGGUGUGCAGGAUGGGGGAGCUCCCAGAAAGAAAAUGGAUCAGUUUGAAAAGUGUAUGACAGAUUCUACUGCCAGUAGUGAUUGGGAACAUAUUCCAGAAGCUUCAGGUCAAGGUCAGAAGAUGGCUGAUGGUGUAGACAGAAAAAAUAGUGCUAAACUGUGUAGUGUUAAACCAGAGAUACAGUUAAAUGAAAGCACACUCUCGGGGACAGAUAUAGAUGCUGCAUAUGCAGUGAGUCUUAAUAGUGGUCAGCUUCAGGAUAGUAGUUCAAAGGAGGAGAAACGUGAUGCCAAUACCUGUCAAGACAACGUGGAAAUGAACAAAUCCGUCACUUCACCAGAAAAGAUAGCAAGUCAAGAUGCUGGAAAACCUGCUGUAACAGAUGAGGGGUCAAAUGAUCAAACACAGAACCGUGGCAAUGUGAGUGAAAAGUCGGGAAAAGAAGGCUCUGGAGGAAAGAAAUGCAAAGAAAGUAAAAAGGGAAAAGAUGAGAAAGUGUGUAAGUACUACAGUCAAGGACAGAAGUGUUGGAGAGGGACCAAAUGCAAAUUUGCUCAUUUGAAAGAAGGAAAACAAGUAAACAGUGAUGAUGUUGCUGAAACUGUAAGGCCAGAGAAAGCAAUGGAUGAGGAGGAGUUCAGUAGUUACAUAGAUUUUGUUUAUCAUAACACUGAACAUGGUGUCCAGAUCAAGGCAAAAGAUUUAUUCUACAAAUUGGGUUUUGAAAAAGGUGCAGAUCUUAACAUAGUUGGAGAUGCAGUGCUUGGACAGUAUCGAUUAGCAAAGAGUAGAAAUAAUUGGCCUUGGGUUAAAGAUGCAAGAUACUUUGCGGAGUUAUUCUUUGCCCCAGAUUGGAUAGAUCAAAAUUUACCACAUAGAGAUGUAAAAUCAAACAGGAAGAACAGACAAAGCAAGAAGAGCAAACAUAAUCCAAAUGAGAAUUUUGAAAAUCCUAGUGGAAUAUGUCGAGAUUUCCGGUUGAAGGAGAACCCGGACAUACAGACUGUGUGUGCUAAUGCAGCUGGUGACAGUAAUAGCAACACUGUCAAAGGAAAACCUUCAUCAUCAGAAGGCCCGGCAGGAAACCAUGGGGAUGGUGCAAAUGUUAUUACAGGAAAACCUGGGAAUGUAGAUGAAUUGGUCACAGACUACACAGAACAAGUUAUCCAGGAGGCAAUGAAGAUGGCGAUUAGUGACGGUCUGUCGGAAUCAGCCAUUAUGGAGGUUAUAGAUGAUGUCACAUCAGGAGGCAAGAUAAGCACCCCGCGGAAACAUGGCAAACAGGCUAAACUUGAUGUUAGCAGAACUCCACGUUGCAGACCUGAACAGCUGGCUCUUGGAUUCAAUUACCAUUCUGAUCUUGUUGUUCAGCAGUCACCAAAAACUGUCAGAGGGGAGAUAAUUCCACUUGAUACACUUCCACAGCCACGUGAACGCCCAGAACAACUUGCCGUAAGCUUUAAUUACCUAGCUGAACAGUUGAUAAAAGAGUCACCUAAAACAGAAACAGGAGAAGUUUUAAUUCCAGGUGUGAUCACAACUCCGAGAAGGUUGGCACGUGAUCAGUUGGCAAUAGGGUUUAACUAUCACUCUGACCUCAUUGCUAAAGAUUCUCCAUCAAAGGGAAAUCAGAAUGAGAAUAUUGAAGUGUCAGAAGAUAAAAAUGCUAAAAACAAGAAGAAUAACUCUCACACAUUAAUGAAUGGAAUCCACAAUGGUUGUAGUGAAGAGCUUGGUGUGAACAGUAAAGUUAAAUCUGCAAAGAGAUCUAUAAGUGAUACAUUUGCUGUUGGGUUUAGUUACAACUCUGAUCAGAUCAUUAAAGAAUCAUUGGAUGAAAUAAAUGGAAAUCUACCUAAUGAUAACAAUGUAUUAAGCCUUAUUGAAGAUGCAGUGAUUGGAGAAGGUAGAAAUAUAGUUGAAGUUACUGAUGAGAUACCGGCUUCCGGUCUACCUGCUGGUAGUGUGUGGUGAAAAAAUAUGUUAUUAUUACUGUGUACGGAUCAUCCUUAUAUAUCUGCUGGAUGUUAAAAGGAUGUGAUCAGAUUUUCAAUAAAAAUAGUGUGAAUGAACCUAAAUUAAGAAUAGAAGACCUUAGGUAAACUCUCCAGCAUUUUCAAACUAUGAUCAGAAUUAACAGUUUAUUUUGUUUGUUAAAUAUUGUUUUGCAGUUGGCUUCUACUGUGCCAUUGGGAAUCCAAUUGGGAUUGUGACCCAUUAUCGCCAUUAACAUAAGCUGUAAAAAAUUCUGUGACUUUAGUAUCUCCUGGUAUGGUUUUAUGUAUGUAUGUAUGUAUGUUAAUAAUUUCUGGUGGUCAUGCCUGCAUAGGUAUGAAAUUAGAAUUUCUCUUUCCAUGUACUGAUUUUGCAGGAUGCCUUCAUGGGGAAAGUUAGAGCUUAGAAGCUAUGACGUGAGCUGUAGUGCUAAAGACACUUGAGUAACACGAAAUGAUGGGGUUUGACAUUUUUGGUACAAUACUAAAUUCUAUGAACAGUUUGUGGGUAAUGGUAUAGUGUAUAUUAAAUGAUCUCGGAAUGUUUAAAAAACAGUAUUAAAAUGAAAGUUGUUGUCACAACUAUAUUCUCAGGAACUAUUUUUAGCUCAUCUGUCACAUAGUGACAGGGUGAGCUUUUGUGAUCACCCGUCGUCCGUCUGUCCGUCCGUGAACAAGAUGGAGACCACAUUUUGUAUUUGAUUUCAAUCAAACUUGCACUUGACUUGUAUGGGCAUAAUAUCUCGGUUCCUUUCGAAAACUGACCAGAUCCCAUCAUGGGUUCCAGAGUUAUGGCCCCUUAAAGGGCCAAAAUUUGCUUUUUUUGGCUUGUGAACACGAUAGAGAAACAUUUUGCAAUCAGCCUUAAUCAAACUUGCACACAACUUGUAUUGGCAUAAUAUCUUGGUUCCUUUCGAAAACUGGCAAAAUCCCAUCAUGGGUUCCAGAGUUACGGCCCCAUAAAGGGCCAAAAUUAGCCAUUUUUGGCUUGUGAACAUGUUAAGAGACCACAUUUUGCAAUCAACUUUAAUCAAACUUGCACACAACUUGUAUUGGCAUAAUAUCUCGGUUCCGUUCGAAAACUGGCCGGAUCCCAUCAUGAGUUUCAGAGUUAUGGCCCCUUAAAGGGCCAAAAUUUGCUAUUGCUUGUAAACACGAUAGAGACAACAUUUUGCAAUCAACUUUAAUCAAACUUGCACACAACUUGUAUUGGCAUAAUAUCUUAGUUCCUUUUGAAAACUGGCCAGUUCCCAUCAUGGGUUCCAGAGUUAUGGCCCCUUAAAGGGCCAAAAUUUGCUAUUUUUGGCUUGUGCAGUCAUAUAGAGACUUCAUUUAUCGUUUGAUUUGAUACAAACUUGCAAAAUAUCUUCAACAACAAUAAAUUUUGGAUUCCGUGAUGAAUCUGUCAGAUCCAGUUAUAAGUUCUGGAGUUAUUUUAUAUCCGGUUACCUCCCCUGAUUUUAAUCAAAAUGAAUUUUUAUCAGUAAGUACUUACAGGACUCAUUUGAAAUUUCAUUAUUGUCAUUAGUUGGACUCAGACAAUCAGGGUAGAUAAUUAUGGACUGAUUUUAUGUCAAAUUACCUCCUUUUAUUUCAAAUUAGAAUGGGUAUAUCUCCAUCACUAAUGAAAAUACUGAUGUGAAAUUUUGUUUAUGCCAUCAGAUGGACUUGGACAUUCAGUGAAGAUACAUAUUGACUGAUUUUAUGACAAAUUACUUCCCUUUAUCUUUUAUGUAAAUGAAUAUACCUAGCAGCUUCUAAUGAGAUUGGUUCUAAACAUUAUUUAUGUCUUCCAUGGUAAGAAAUUUCUGCUUUAACUUACUUUUCUAAUAUAUUGUUGUAAAGGCUUGUACUCUGUAUCUUCUACAUGCAUAUACCAAUGCAUGAUUACCUCCCCUGAUUUUAAUAAAAAUGGAUUUAUUUUCAGUUGUAUCAUAGCUUUGUGUUUUUUCUUAACAAAUUUGGUGCAGGUAAAUUGUAUACACUGUGUGCAGGGUGCGGUAACUAAAAGUGUGCAGGUAUUAAAUACCCGCACGCUAGUUACCGCACUGUUGGAUAGGAACAGCAGACAGCAGUGUAUUUUAUUGAUUUUCUGCUCUCGCAGUAGUUUAUUUUACCUGGGCUUUACACAUUUGUCAAGCAAGGAUUUUUAGUACUCACUAAACUAUAUAUGGCAGUGUGGAACGCCUACUGAAGUACCAUAUAUGGAUAGCUAUGAUACAAAACAGAAAGAACAUUAAAACUCUCGGGUAAACAAUUUAUACUCGGGCUACGCCCCCUCAUACAAAUCAUUUACACUCGAGUUUUAAUGCUCUUUCUAUUACUAAGUCUUUAUAGGACUUAUUUGAAAUUUCAUUAUUGUCAUUAGUUGGACUGGGACAAUCAGGGUAGAUAACUAUGGACUGAUUUUAUGUUAAAUUACUUCCCUUUGUUUCAAAUUAAAAUUGGUGUAUCUCAUUAACCAAUGAAGAUACUGAUUUGAAAUGUCAUUUUUGCCAUCAGAUGGACUCGGACAAUCGGGGUAGAUAACUUUUGACUGAAUUUUUGACAAAUUACCUCCCUUAACUUUAUGUAAAUGAAUAUAUCUCAGCAGCAUCUAAUGAGAUUGGUUUUAAAUGUUAUUUAAGUCUUCCAGGGUAAGGAAUAGUCAUGCUAGUACAAAAAUGCAGCAUUUGAGCCAAGGACCCUCAAACUUGGUAUGGAGAUUGGCUAUGAUUAGUAUGUGACCCAUAGGUCAAAAGGGACAGUUACAAGAAAAUAUCUAUCCUGAUGAUAUUUAAAGUGUGUGCCUAUGUGAUCUAUGUCAAAACUUGAUCUUAUCAUUAAGAGCAAUAGUACUCAGGUGAGCAAUCUAGGGCCAUCAUGGCCCUCAUGUUUAUAAAUUUUAUGGAACCUUCCAUCUCGCAUGAUUAAGGCAGCGUUAUAUGUGUGAUUUUUGUCUUGUGCCUUGAGUUUCCAUUAGUUCUUUGAUUAAUAACUACACUCACUUCUUUAAUGUGUGUGAAAUGUAAAAUUUUGCUGUUGAAACACCUGUAUAUAUCAUAGGAUAGUUAAUUUCAUUGUUAGAGUUUUUGCUUAUUUAUGGUAUUUUAUGUUGUUUUGGUAGAUUUUACGACUUUCCAACAUUUUAGUAUUUUUGUCUAUGAUGUUCAGUUUUGAUUAUUAGGGCAACUUCUUUUGUAACAUUUUUUUCCUCAUGCAGAUAUUUAAGAGAAAGAAAAUUUGUAUUAACCACAUGCAAAGAACAUUUAAAAUGUUGGUUACUUACGGUCUUCUCUGAAAAUUUUACUGUUUCAUGAGUAACGUUAACCUAUGGCCCUGCUAAAUUUCUAAAAUGGACUGGUCCAUCAUUCAGUUUGGGCAGUACCGCUUGUUUAUCAAAGGGGUGUUCACUGAAAAUUUACUGACUGAAUAGCGAAUAGUGCAGACCAUGAUCCAAAUAGAGCAGACCAUGAUCAGUCUGCACAGAUGUGCAGGCUGAUCUUGGUCUGCACUGGUCACCAAGGCAGAAUCACUUACCACCAGCAGGCUAAAGGUUAAUUGUCUGUUUAUAUCGGUGCCAUAUGAUGUAAAAGGUUUGCAUUUGUCAAAAGUUUUCUGGUAUAUUGUUGUUGGUAAUUAUACUCCCAGAUUCAAAGUAGACAAAGAAGGCUAUGUUGGAGUUGCAGAUAUCCGUCUCUUGGUCUGUCCAUUUGUCCUUCAUCUACAUUUGUGUGCACUUUAUAUCUUUUAAAUGGCAGGAAGAUUUUCAUCUAACUAGCAUCAGUUGUAAACCAUAACACAGGUCACUUUAUCCAUGGUCAAGGUCACAGUUGGGAGGUCAAAUAUCAAAUAACUUUGUGUCCACUCUACAUCUUCUUAACUGCUUGGAAACUAACCUAAAAUAUUUACCUCAUCAUAACACAGUGGUGAGUGCACAACCCAGGUCACUAGGUCUAGGGUGAAGGUCACACUUACAUGUAGGUCCAGAUCAAUGAGCUCAAACUUGUUUCUGCUCCGUAUCUUCACAACCACUGGGAGGAAUUUCAUAACACUAAUAACAAUUAUUGUUAACCUCAUCAUGAGGACAUGCGGAGUGCAUAAUGUCAUUAGGUUCAAGAUACAGGUCCCACUUGAAGGUCAAAGGUCAUGAUCACAUUUUAUUUGCCCUGUAUCAAGGUGUAGUCCUGGGGUAUUAAUCACAUCUAAUGAUAGCUCUAAUUGUUACAUGUUUUGAAACAUUUGUUGUGACAUUUUUAAUCCCGCGCCACAAGUGGUGGGGUGUUAUAGGAAUGGUCUCCGUCCAUCCUUUCGUCCAUCUGUCCGUAACACUUUCGUGUCCGCUCCAUAUAUCCUUAACCCCUUGAGGGAUUUUCAUGAAACUUUGGUCAAAUGAUCACCUCAUCAAGACGAUGUGCAGAACCCAUGAGUCAGCCAUGCCGGCUCAAGGUCAAGGUCACAACUCCAGGUCAAAGGUUUGAGCCUUCCAUUUUGUGUCCGCGCUAUACCUCCUAAACCCCUUGAAGGCUUUCAUCAAACUUUGGUCAAAUAAUCACCUCAUCAAGACGAUGUGCAGAACUCAUGAGUCAGCCAUGCCAGCUUAAGGUCAAGGUCACAACUGAGAGUCAAAGGUUUUAGCCUUCCAGUUUGUGUCCGCUCUAUAUCUCCUAAACUCCUUCAAGGAAUUUUAUAAAACUUGGGUCAAAUGACCACCUUAUCAAAACGAUAUGCAGAACUUACGAGUCAGCCAUGCUGGCUCAAGGUCAAGGUCACAGCUUAGGGUCAAAGGUGUCCACUCUAUCUCCUAAACCCCUUGAAGGAUUUUCAUCAAACUUUGGUCGAAUGAUCACCUCAUCAAGAGCUCAUGAGUCAGCCAUGUCAACUCAAGGUCAAGGUCACAACUCAAGGUCAAAGGUUUGAAGGAUUUUCAUGAAACUUGGGUCAAAUGAUCACUUCAUCAAGAUGUUGUGCAGAAUUCAUGAGUCAGCCGUAUCAGUUCAAGGUCAGGGUCACAGCUAAAGGUCAAAGGUUUACCCUUUCACUUUCCAUAACAGUGGUGGGGGAUUUAGCUGCCUUUCAGACUGCCUUGUUGCAAUUAAGAUUUUUUUUGUUUGAUCAAAGUUGCAAAUUGUGUUCCUCAAAGAAUUGAUAAAAUUUUGCAUUGUUGAAUUUCAUAGUGCUAAUUUAUUUUUAGCUCGACUUUUCGAAGAAAAAGUAGAGCUAUUGCAUUCGCCCGGGUGAUGCCGUUGUCGUUGGUUAAAGUUUUUGAUAAAGUCAAAUACCUCUGUUACUAUCAAAGCUAUUGACUUGAAACUUAAAAUAGUUAUUUACUAUCAAAGUCCUCACCAGGAGAAACAAUCCCCAUAACUCUGGUUUGAAUUUUGACAGAAUUAUGCCCCUUUUUAACUUAGAAUUUUUGGUUAAAGUUUUUGAUAAAGUCAAAUAUCUCUGUUACUAUCAAAGCUAUUGACUUGAAACUUUAAGUACUUAUUUACCAUCAAAGUCUACACCAGGAAAAACAAUCCCCAUAACUCUGUUUUGAAUUUUGUCAGAAUUAUGCCCCUUUUUAACUUAGAAUUUUUUGUUAAAAUUUUUGAUAAAGUAAAAUAUCUCUUACUUUUAAAGCUUUUUGACUUGAAACUCAAAAUAGUUAUUUACUAUCAAAGUCUACACCAGGAGACACAAUUCCCAUAACUCUGAUUGAAUUUUGACAGAGUUAUGCCCCUUUUUAACUUAGAAUUUUUUGUUAAAGUUUUUGAUAAAGUCAAAUAUCUCUGUUACUAUCAAAGCUAUUGACUUGAAACUUAUAAUAGUUAUUUACUAUCAAAGUCCUCACCAGGAGAAACAAUCCCCAUAACUCUGAUUUGAAUUUUGACAGAAUUAUGCCCCUUUUUAACUUAGAAUUUUUUGUUAAGGUUUUUGAUAAAGUCAAAUAUCUCUGUUACUAUCAAAGCUAUUGACUUGAAACUUUAAGUAUUUAUUUUCCAUCAAAGUCUACACCAGGAAAAACAAUCCCCAUAACUCUGUUUUGAAUUUUGUCAGAAUUAUGCCCCUUUUUAACUUAGAAUUUUUUGUUAAAAUCUUUGACAAAGUCAAAUAUCUCUUACUUUUAAGCUUUUGACUUGAAACUCAAAAUAGUUAUUUACUAUCAAAGUCUACACCAGGAGACACAAUUCCCAUAACUCUGAUUGAAUUUUGACAGAGUUAUGCCCCUUUUUAACUUAGAAUUUUUUGUUAAAGUUUUUGAUAAAGUUAAAUAUCUCUGUUACUAUCAAAGCUUUUGAUUUAAAACUUAAAAUAGUUAUUUACUAUCAAAGUUUACACAAGGAGACACAGUUCCCAUAACUCUGAUUUAAAUUUUGACAGAAUUAUGCCCCUUUUUAACUUAGAAUUUUUUGUCAAAGUCUACACCAGGAGACACAAUUCCUAUAACUCUGAUUUGAAUUUUGACAGAGUUAUCUCUUUUUAACUUGGAAUUUUUUUACUGGCAAAGCUCUAAUUCAGAGUCAAGCGCAGAGAAAAGUCAUGCGCGCUGUCUUACGUUCAGCUCUUGUUUAAAAGGUCAGUAAUUUCAUUGAAAAUAUAUAGCAGUGCACUAGAAAGUUGCUGUCUCCUUGUUGUGGAAAAUGAGAAGCUUUCUAAUGGUCUGCUGAAAUUUUGUUCUUGUGUACAUUGUUUGAAAGUUUAAAUAUAUUGCUUCUUGUAGGGGUAGUGUUUCCAGAAGGUGGAAAAAACAUCUCAAGAAAGCUCAGAAAUUUUGGGACAUUAAGGGCACCAAACCACUACAGAACAAACAAAAACAGUAUUGUAAAUGCUUUUUUUGUAGACAUAGACCUUGGGUAGGUAUUACCAGGUAUUGGGCAGGUAACAAUAAAGUUGACAGUAAAAUGGGGGCAGUAAUUGAGAAAUAAAGAAGACACAUAAUAAGAAAAAAUGCUUUUGAUAUUGAAACAUCUUUGUUUUAACCAAUAAGGUAUUUGGGAUAUUCAUACUUGUCUGGUUGCAGCAAUGAGGCAAAUGAUUUGUGUGCUUGAUUACUGAAAAAAUGAUGUUUUGAACAAAAUAUUGCAUUUAUAAAUGGGCAUGAUGGUCAUUGGACUAUUUUUGAUGUAUUUUUGCUUAUAUCUGGUACUAUGCCUCAUGCUUGCUUUGAAGAUUGAUCUCUCGAUUAUAGAAAAAGCAGGGGCAACUGUCUUGAUACUUUAGCCAAAUAAUUUACUAUGUGUCCUUUCUCAUGAGCUAGUUCUACCCACCACAAACGGAAGUUUGGGGGUAUAUAGGAGUGAGCUUGUCGGUCAGUCCAAUUGUUUUCAUGGUUUUCGGACAAAAACUCGUGAAAGGCUUGACAGAUUUAAAUAAUUUUUGGAACACAGGUGUAACAUCAUAAAAUACAGGUCAAGUUCGACUUCGAGGUUAGUAGAUCAAAGGUCAAGGUCACAAUGACCCGGAACAGUUAAACAAUCUCCAGAUGAAACUUGAAACGCUUGGGCCUAGGAUCAUAAAUUUUGGUACACAGGUGUAACAUCAUAAAAUAGAAGUAAAGUUAGUCUUUGAGGUCACUAGGUCAAAGGUCAAGGUCACAAUGACCUGGAACAGUUAAACAUUUUCCAGAUGAUAACUUGAGAACGUUUGGGCCUAGGAUCAUGAAAGUUGAUAGGGAUGUUGGUUAUGACCAGCAGAUCUGAUGACCCCUAUUGAUUUUGAGGUCAGAGGUCAUGGUCACAGUUAUCUGGAACAGUAUAACCGUUUCUGGACUAUAAGUUGAGAAUGCUUGGGCUUAGGAUUAUGAAAGUUGAAAGUCAGUCAUGACUAGCAGAUGACCCCUAUUGAUUUUGAGGUCACAUUGACCCAGAACAGUAGAACUUUCCUUGCAUGGUUUACAGAUUUAAAUUAUUUUUGAUACACAGGUGUAACAUCAUCAAAUAUAGGACAAGUUCGACUUUGACAUUGGCUUACUUUUGUGACAAGGCCGUAUUGUGGGGGUAUAAUUGUCACUUCUGUGACAGCUCUAGUUAUCUCUUGUUUGAUAUAGUUGUUAGAAGUUAUUGACUGUAAUAUCAUGUUGUUUAUUGAUGUAAAUAUUUGCAUUUAGGGCAGGGAUAUGGUGCUUGUUUAUGUCUCGGAAAGAGAUGAAUAAAAUACUGUACAAUAUGAA